AUGGACCGCUCGGCACGUGCAGCUCAAUUAGCCGCAUUGGUUACAGGCCGCCGCUAUCGGCUGCUUACGAUAACUGCCACAGGAAUAGCAGUAGCUAGUGCAGCGCAACGUCUUCAAGAGCUUCCACCCUCGGAAUCGUUCGCAUCGUCAAUGCAGCUCUUUGUCGCGGAAUUAAUGAGCUCACGCAUCAGUGCAAUGAUUGUGCUACACUGCUUCGUUAUGGCCAUGUAUCAUCUUUUUCUUCUCUUAGCACAUGUGGCAGUAGGCAAACUGCGGCCACUAGAACUACAGCAGACGAAGGAGACACUCAUUCCUUUCGUAUUGUUGCGCUGUCAGCUUCUUGUAAGUACUUUGGAACCGAGUGCAGAGGGACGAAGGAUGGAGAUUGGACUGCUUGUAGUUUGGCUCACUUCACUGGCUGUACUCCGUGCAUUGCUGGCAUUGACCCAAGCGAGAUUUCAGCAUUUGGUGACUCGACCUUUGACACAAUUACGGGACUUGCACAGCCUUGGUGUAAUAUUAAGUGGCAUCGUUAUUCUGAAUAUUGGAUUGGCAGCGACGUGGUCGCGCCUUGGUCUCUUUUCCGAUAGAAUUGUGCACGUGCCGUGGUUUGAGGCGUCGCUUAUGAUGCUAAAGACGGUAGAGCUUGGUGUGCAGGUUGGAUAUCAGAGCUUGGACGUACGUGCAGCCUAUUUGUCGGAGGAAGAUGAGGCACAUUCUCCGGAGAAUAGCGAGUUCCAUUUACUGCUCUUACAGACUAUGCUCUGUGGAUGUUACUUGGUACAGCUUGUGCUGUAUUAUCUUUAUGUCAUAAGUGUAGACCAAUUCCGCGUGAGUCUUUUCGAUCUGAUUUUGAUUCUUAAUGUAAAGAAUGCGACUAUGCGUUUAUUAGACAAGGUGAAGCGAGUCAAGUUGUACCACCAGGUUGUCUUGGAUCUAGAUCAUUUGUUUCCAGAUGCAACGUCGGAUGAGCUUAAGAGUGUAGCUGACGACGUGUGCGCUAUUUGCUUGAAGUCUAUGUCUACAUCCGCCAAGAAGCUGCACUGUGGCCAUCUUUUCCACCAAUUGUGUCUCCGUCAGUGUCUCCAAAGGGCGUCAGUGAGUGAUGUUUUGACCGGCAUGGAUCCGCUUACUCGCAUGGCUAAUGGCCUGAGUUUGGAGAGACCUGAAGUGGCUGUUGCCAUUGGAACUUCAAGUUCUACUUCCUUACGUUGUCCGAUCUGUCGGAAGCAAGUGUGUGGUGGAAAAGGGAAUGAACCGGAUUCUCUCUCGCGCGAUGAGACUCACUCUAACCGGCGUGACACAGGAACGAGAGAAUUACAAGGGAAUUUAAGCAAUCAAGACGCUGUACAACCCCAUCCAGUUGUAGGCCCAGGUGCCGUAGCUCCAGUUGAAGUGCUCCGCUUUAGCACGGCUUUUCUAUCUCGAUGGGUGCCAUUUCCAAACUUCUCAUUUGAGAUCGUUAGACAUCGCAAUAGUGAGCGCAAUUUUGAGGUGACGCAGGAUAUGCUUCAGCGAAUAUGGGAAGUCUUUCCACAGUACACUCGAGAUGAGAUUUGUGCGGAUCUUAUGCGAACUCGGUCAGUUGAGCGCACAAUGGAGCGCAUUUUGAAUGGACAUCUGGAUGAACAGCGACUUGCAAUGGGGUUAAACAAUAAUGAUGAUCCUGACAUGGAUGCGAGUGGUUUGUUAGGCGAUGCAAUGAUUGACUUGGGCGAAGAUUUUCGAUGGAGUCUUUCGACAUUGGCGUCAGCUAUGUGGGGUACCAAUCAGCCAUCUCAAACACUUGCUUCUGUGGCAUCAGAUUUACCAGCAAAUGCUCGUCCGCGUGGCGAGUUCACUCCAGAAGUCAACAUCAAUGCUUCGGCUGAAGGUGGAAACCAGCCUAUUGCUCACAAUAAUUCAGUGUCUUUCACUACGCGUGACUAG